AUGAAGGCGGGAGCGAUCGGGAAGGAAGAAGGGACGAUGGCAUGGGCCGACGGGAUACCAGCUCCCUUCCUCUUUCAAGAAAUGAUGGCUUCGAGUCGACGUCAUUCUUAUCGGAGGCAAAUCGAACCAGUCCGGAAGGAGCCGAUCACAGACACGGACUUGACCCUGAGUCGGAUCCUUUCCCUGAUGGAAACCCGGGAGAAGCGGGAAUUGGAGAUGGAAAACGGAGGGAAUCGACACGCCCGUCAGGUGGAGCUGGAGAAUUGGAGAACCGUUUCUUACGUCUUGGAUCGAUUCUUUCUCUACUUCUUCACCGUCAUCAACUUCGCCGUCACCAUUGGGAUUCUCCUUUCAUCGCCUUACGAACGAGAGCAAGACGAAGUCGCAUCGAGGCGGUAG